AUAGUGUAUUUUAAUAGCCCGUCACCCACGACUUUCUGUCCUAGAACCAGAAGAGUCUCCGACGGCGAGGGGCAUCAAUGUAUAGUUGUAUAAUGUAUACAACAGUUUCUGAUGUAGAAAAGUGAAAGCUGGCUAGUCCAUCUUGAUAUUUUCCAAGAUGGACAACACUGAUCGCGCCCUGUUCCGCACCCAGCUUCUCUCUCGUCACCUCCAAAACGACACCGCAUUCACCUCAAACUCUCCUCUCCAACCGUCCCCAUGCCUCCACUACUCUCCCCCCGAGGCGCGCUUCGAAUUCGACACCAAGGAUUUGCGAAAGCUGGUCGACGGCCACCACGUGGAGGAGCGGGACUGGCUGUUCCGCCUCAUGAACGGCGAGCCCGAGCUUUUCGGAGUUAAACGCAGAGGUGACAGAGUGUUUGCCUCGCCUGAUUAUAAUCAGCCUAUGGAGCAACAGAGAGAGAUGACUCUCAAGAGGAUCAGGUAUAUGGCCCACCAGGGCGCUUUUCAUGGCUGGGUUACUGCGCCUCCCGAAAAAAUCGAUCUCAAGAAAUUUGCUAUGCUGGAAAUUUGUGGAGCUUAUGACCAUUCUCUGGCUAUCAAAAUUGGAGUCCAUUUUCAACUCUGGGGUGGUGCCAUUCAGUUUUUGGGGACAAAGAGGCACCAUGACAAGUGGCUGGAACUCACUGAAAAGUACCUCAUUAAUGGUUGUUUUGCCAUGACCGAGUUAGGCCAUGGAAGUAAUGUCCGUGGCAUUGAAACAGUAACCACAUAUGAUUCCAGCACCGGAGAGUUUGUGAUUAACACGCCUUGUGAAUCAGCUCAGAAGUACUGGAUAGGAGGUGCAGCCAUUCAUGCCACCCACACAGUGGUUUUCUCACAGCUCGAGAUCAAUGGGAAAAAAGAAGGGGUCCAUGCUUUUAUUGCCCAAAUAAGAGAUGCCAAUGGAAAUGUAUGUCCUAAUGUUCAAAUAGCUGAUUGUGGGCAUAAAAUUGGGCUCAAUGGUGUUGACAAUGGUCGAAUCUGGUUUCAUAAUUUCCGGAUACCUAGAGAAAACUUGUUGAAUUCAGUUGCUGAUGUAUCUUCUGAUGGUCAUUACAUAAGUUCUGUAGAAGACCCAGAUCAGAGGUUUGCUGCAUUUAUGGCUCCUUUGGUAUCUGGUCGUGUCACACUUGGAUCUGGUGCAAUUUACUCUGCAAAGGUUGGUUUAGGAGUUGCUAUCAGGUACUCCUUGACAAGGCGGGCAUUUUCUCUUGCUACAAAUGGGCCAGAAGUCCUUUUGCUUGAUUAUCCAAGUCAUCAAAGGCGGCUAUUGCCCCUUCUUGCAAAGACAUAUGCUUUGAGUUUUGCAUCAAACUUUCUGAAAAUGCUAUACGUCAAGAGGACGCCUGAAUCAAACAAAAUUAUCCAUGUAUAUUCCAGUGCAUUCAAGGCUACAAUGACCUGGCAUAAUAUGACCACUCUUCAGGAAUGUCGUGAAGCCAUUGGUGGACAAGGUUUAAAGACUGAGAAUCGUGUUGGUCAACUGAAAAGUGAGUUCGACGUGCAAUCCACUUUUGAGGGGGAUAACAAUGUUCUCAUGCAACAGGUUAGCAAGGCACUACUCUCAGAAUUUCUAUCAGCUAAGAAAAGCAAUAUACCACUGAGUAGAGAUUUGGGAUUAGAACACAUGAAUAACUCUUCCCCUGUUAUCCCUUCUCAACUCACAAGUUCUAUCCUGAGGAGCAUUCAGUUUCAGACGGAUAUCCUCUGCCUGAGAGAGGGAGAUUUACUGAAACGUUUUGCAGAGGAAGUUUCGCAUUACCAAGCACAAGGACUAAGCAAACAAAAAACGCUGACAAUGACUUAUCAGCUUGCUGAAGACUUGGGCAAAGCCUUCUCAGACUUGGAGACUUUCCGAUCCUUUGUCGAGGUUGAGGCAAAUGUAUCUGCAGCCGACAUGAAGAACAUAUUAGGUCUCUUGAGAUCUCUUUAUGUUAUGAUAACCAUUGAAGAAAAUGUUUCAUUCCUAAGAUACGGAUAUUUGUCAACUGCAAAUGCUGCUGCAGUGAGGAAAGAAGUGGCCAAACUGUGUACUGAGCUAAGACCGCAUGCACUUGCAUUGGUCAGUUCUUUAGGCAUAGAUGAUACUUUCUUGAGCCCUAUAGCCUUUAACUGGAUUGAAGCCAAUUCUUGGUCUGAAGUUCGAAAUUAAGCUAUCGCCAUCCUUCUCUAUUCUAAACUCGAGGAUCAGAAGUGAAGUUAUACUUGGUCCAUUCUAAUAACCUUUCAUUGCCCGUUCCAGUUGGGUAAGAAGUACAAAAUCAUGUCUAGAGUAAUUUGAAUUCAUAAUCUAGUGACAAUAAAAUUUCAUCCAUGUAAAUCUUCAAUUCUACUGCUUGUGACAUGGGAAAUCAAACCACAGUAAUAUUUUUGAUAUACCAAUUUAUGUCCUGCAUUGGUGUUCUGCUGGUGCUGCAUUUGAGA